AUGUCCAAUAAUCAAAAGAAAGACAGUUAUGUUAUCUGCAAAUGUCCAGACUUGUCUGUUGCCAAAGACGAUGCAAUAGAUGUUCCUGAAGAACAUUUUGACAACAUGGAAGUAGAUAAUAUUGACAGUGACAAUGACAAUGAUUAUGAUUACAAAAACGAAGGCAAAGGCGAAUAUAAAGAUGAAAAUGAAGAACAAAACAUUGAAUUUGAUCAAGAAGUUGACUUACCUUUGUCCCAAGAAGAGUCCAUCUUUACUGCCAAAGAUACAGUUACAGAAGCAUUUAUGGUUGAUGGCAAUGAGAUUGAAGAAGGCAAUACUGAUUUUGAUUUUGAACAAGAAGAAAACUUUGAUGAGACCAGUGGGACCUCGAUAGUAGAAUCAGUUCGUCCUUUGUCUUUUGAUAACACGCCCUUAUAUAUCCGCUUUGUUGCAGUAUUCAUUGUCAUAUUUCACUUGAUCUGUUUGGUGGAAAGCAGUGGAUCGAUUCUCAUUGAAUUUUGUAAUACUCUACUGUCUCUCUAUGAUCUGUCUGGCGCCCUUCCACUGACGAUCAAUAGCUUGAAGCAUAAAACAGGAUUUAACAUGACAACAGACGGAAUGACAGUAUACAUUGCAUGCUCACAAUGUCAUUCGAUUUAUCCUCUGAAAACAAAGCUUCAUCGGUUAUCUUACUUUGACCCAGUCCACUUUACAGUUAUAGACCUAAUGCAUAACCUCUAUCUUGGAACUGCAAAGCAAAUGAUUCAAAUAUGGCACGAGUGUAACUGCAUCAAUGAAAAGAAUCAGUUAACUAUGCAAGAGCUUGUCAAUGGUAUUGUUGUACCUUGUGGAUAUCAUGUGCUCCCAGCCAAGAAUCUCGAAAACUGGAUUUUGUUUGCUGACGCAUGCCACUUACUCACAAAACCUUCGAUCAAUGACAAAGAAAUAGAUGAAGCCCACAGUAAACUCCAAUUGUUUUGUACAAGAUUUCAGACACUGUAUGGAAAAUCGGCUGUGACACUGAAUAUGCAUCUACAUCUUCAUCUUGGCAAGUGUGUUCAUGACUUUGGGCCAAUUUAUACUUUCUGGUUAUUCAGUUUCGAGAGAUACAAUGGUUUGUUGAAGAAUAUUGAAACAAAUCAAAAAGGCUGUUUCGAAUCAAUGAUGAUGAAGAGAUUUUUGGAGAGAACAUACAUUGGCAGCUUCAUACAAUCUUUCGUCAACCAUCUUCCCCAGUUCGCAAUUGACUUUCUGCAUUGCAUUUCAAAUAGUCAAGAUCAAUUAGCAGCAUUGCAUUCAUCUUCUACUGCCAGUACCUUUUCUCUGUCUGACUUUGUUGAAUAUUCAUUAAACUCUCAUCAUUCUGCUUUGGGUUGUGAGCCGUUGCCCCCUUCAGUGUUUCUGAUUAAACUCAACCAAAGGAUUAUAAUGUGCAAGGGACAUUAUGAAUGUUUACUGGAGUUUUACAGACAUGCAUAUAGCAGUCACAAUUUUUUUGGCCAUUAUUCAAACUGGGAGUCUAACCAGAUUUUUGUCAAUAACCGAAUUGAGAAAAUGAAAUGGAUAUCUCUUCUUGGACAGGAAUACUCUUCUGGAUCUUAUUUCCGCGCCUAUUAUCUUGAGAAUAACAGUGAAGAUAAAGCAGCGUUUCCUGGCCAUAUACUGUAUUUAUUUCAACAUUUGAUAACCAUCAACGAAACUGUCAUCACCCAUACUUUUGCAUUUGUUGAGUGGUACUCUAGUUAUUCUUUGGGGAGUUACCAGCCAAUGUUAAAUGAAGGCAUUGAGCUCUGGAAUGAAUCUUCUUCUGUACUUAAUUAUGAAUGUAUUAUUCCAGUACAUCGUUUUUAUUCACCAAUCGCAAUUGCUAAAUAUAGAUUUACUAUAACUAGUGAAUUUAAACGUUUAGUAAUCCCUUUACCCCAAAAAAUAGAAGCUUAA